UGGACAGUGUGGUAAAAUCCAGGCUGUCACUGUGAAGCUAACAAACUAAUUGAAUCAUAAGUAGGGAGGCGUGGAAAUUCUUGGAGUUAAUUUACAGAAUCUCAGCAGAAACCACAUGAGAGCUAGGAUCACUGCUGCUGAAGCCACUAAAAAAGGCAGAAAAGCUUUGACGGAGCUGAUCAGAAACAGAACUUAGUUACUAAAGAUGCUGUGUUCAUCAAGCCUCUUGUUUUUAAAUUAAAAGGUGAGUGGUUUGUUCUAAAAGAUAACAAAAGAAGAGGACUAAGGAAGCUGUGAGACACAGUCAGUGAUGUCGAAGCUGGUUUGUCCCCUGCUUCUCCUUUGUUCACUUCCAGCUGUGGAUCCCCUCUUUUGUUACACCUGUGUGUUCCCCGCCAUCUUACCUAUAGACUGCAUCCGAUUCCCCAUCAAAUGUCCCCGGGAGCAGGUCUGCCUCUCCAGCCGAGCUGUGGGAGAGAAAGGAGACCUUCAUGUGGUGUUGUAUGAGAAGAGCUGCAUCCCGCCCUCCCUGUGUGGAGUCACAGGCCAGAAAUACACCAUGGGACUCAACUUUACCUUCACCAAUGAAUGCUGCAACACUCACCUGUGCAACGGAGCUGAAACGCCUGCUACACCCUACUGGACUGUCAUGUUACUCACACUACUUAUGUCAUACACAUGUUGUAUGAAAUAAGGAGAACCAAUGGAGCUGCUUUUUCUGCCUUCUAUUGAACAGCCACCAUACUCAACUUUAACUGUGCUCUGACCUGUGCUUUGUUUUACCUGCAAUGUAAAUUAGACAAACAAGAUCUCCUCUCAUUACUUCUAACAACAUGAAAACCAUGCCUCUCUCUUUGCAGAGCUGUCUUAAGAAGAAUGAGCGGGUAUGUGUGUGACAUACUGAGCUUACGUUCCUAUAACUUUGGUAUGCCUCCUCUGCUGAGUUUGUCUUGAGCUGUGAUUAACUAAACUAUCUCUAUCAAACAGUCACUUUCAAUUAUGCGUACAUCUUAACCCCCACCUACAGAUCUUUAAAAAUUGUAAAAACCUCAGCCAAGAAGGAUGCACAGGCUUGUAAAUGAUAAUAUGACCAGCAUCAUUUGGUCACAUGUUGGUUGGUUAAGUUACAGUCUUUUGGUUGUCCAUUUAGAAAGAUAGGAUAAAAGUUGUGCCAUGAAUAGACUCCAAAGUGAUGAGAGUGACAGGUUACUUCAACACUGGCCAGAGGAGAUUAUGCUUGAUAAUAGACAAGCAAAUAUGAUCUAUUAUGGUUAAUUUUAAAAACUCUGUGCUGUGUAAUAUCAUCAUUUAACUAGUUAACAUCAAUGUCCUUUCGAUCUUCAUUGGUUUUAGAUGUAUUACAUAAUGUUGGUUAUAUCAGCUCUGCAACGUACUGAUCAUUUCUACCUGAUUGUAUCUUGUGUAUCUUUUCUUGAAAAGAAAUUAAUUGAUUCAAUAAUAUAUUAAAUAUAUUAUAUCAGUAAUAUACAUACUGUGAACUAAACGCUUAAUUCAUUGUUCACCGACUGCACUGUUUUAUUCUGCACUGUAAAAAACUGCAAAGACCGAAGACAAUAAAACCUACACUUACUUA